AUGGUUCAAGUGUCCCACUAUGCCACGCCGGCGGCCGUUCGCAGCGUGGUGGCCGCCGGCACGACUUCCCGUGUGCCAAACGGUUUCUGUCUGUGCGGCGGGACAGAUCUCACGAGGAUGGAUAUACAUGAAGCUCGCACCGCCCCUCUGGGACCUAUCUUUCAAGCGUUCGCUGUCGAGGUGCGGCGGCCGCCAGGGGUUGGUGCGGGUUUUCCCAUACGCGGAAAGUUCGCAGCCGCCGCAGCCAUGGUUCCUGACUUGCUUCUGCGCCAGGAACAUCAGGCAUCGCCGUGGCAGGACGCCAAAAUCGAUGAUGGGAUCCUUCUUCGCGAUAUGGUGGGUUGGGACUCGGGAGCAGCAGGAUCCGCAACGGGCACGACGGGACCUCGGUGUCUGUUUUCAGGCCUCCGCCACUUUGUCGCAAGACACUCCUCAAGAUCAGACGUUGGGGCUAACUAA